CCAUUUUGUAUGCGAUGUUUCUCAAAGUUUCUUUUGCAAGUGGCCUGGUUAACUGCGUUGGAAUUCCUGGGUGUUCAGAGACAAAAUCAGAACCAGGAGGGUGGGAUUGAGGAUGGGUGCCCGAAGAUCCUCGAGACAACUUCACUGAAAGUGAGGAGCAAGCAGUGUCAGGCCCAGCUGCCCGCCGUUGGCCCUGGGGACGCCCCUGGCACCCAGAUUAGGAUCAUGACUCCUGUGAACGACCAUGGCAUGGCGGAAAGCAUUUUUGACCUGGACUAUGCUUCCUGGAAGAUUCGCUCGACCCUGGCGGUGGCUGGCUUUGUCUUCUACCUGGGCGUCUUUGUGGUCUGCCACCAGCUGUCAUCCUCCCUGAACACCACCUACCGCUCUCUGCUGGCCAAAGAGAAGGUCUUCUGGAACCUGGCAGCUACCCGUGCAGUCUUUGGUGUCCAGAGCACAGCUGCCGGCCUGUGGGCUCUGCUGGGGGACCCGGUGCUCCACGCCGACAAAGCUCUUGGGCAGCAGAACUGGUGCUGGUUUCACAUUACCACGGCCACUGGGUUCUUCUGCUUCGAGAACGUGGCCGUGCACCUGUCCAACCUCUUCUUCCGGACGUUCGACCUGUUCUUGGUUGUGCAUCACCUCUUUGCCUUUCUUGGGUUCCUGGGUUCAGCGGUCAAUCUCAGAGCUGGCCACUAUCUGGCCAUGACCACUUUGCUCUUGGAGAUGAGCACACCUUUCACCUGCAUUUCCUGGAUGCUCCUGAAGGCCGGCUGGUCAGACUCGCUCUUCUGGAAGGUCAACCAGUGGCUAAUGAUCCACAUGUUCCACUGCCGUAUGAUCCUCACUUACCACAUGUGGUGGGUAUGCUUCCAGCACUGGGGAGCGCUCGUCGACAGCCUCUACCUGCCUCACUUUGCACUGUUCCUGUGUGGGCUGGCCCUGCUCACACUCCUCAUUAACCCCUACUGGACACACAAAAAGACCCAGCAGCUUCUAAAUCCUGUGGAUUGGAACUUCGCCCAGUCUGAAACCAAGGGCAGCAGGCCAGAAAGGACCAACGGCCAGGUGCCUCAGAAAAAGAGGUUCUAGGACCCAGGGGACCAGGCGGCUCCACCGACAGUGACUUUGACAGAUGAGGUCAUGAGCAAGUUUAGAUCUAGGUGAAUACUAACUUGUUCUUUAGUAUUAAUUCUAUAACAGCCAGGAAGUAUUGCAAGGAGCUUGAUUUGCCUGCAGGAGGCUAUGGUCGUCAUGGUCUUCUGAUUCCUCUGGUGUGACCUCAGCCAUGCUGUCUCUGCCUGGCCAGGGUCAGGGAAGGAGCCAUGGUGGUCAGGUGUGCAAGCUGUUAAGGAUGCCAGCCUGGAUACUUGGAAGGACUGCAUUAGGAAGGAACCUGUGUGGGUGUGGAUGAAUCAACACACUCAUAGCCUGCGUGCCUUAUUUGGAAGCCACGUUCCUUCUCAUUACCAAGUAUUGGCCUAAGAAAAUGUGAUUUGCUGAUAUUUGUGAAAAUUUCCCAGCAUGUAGAAUUUUAAGCCCAUGGUGCAGCAUCACCCUCUAGUGGCAAGUGCAGGGAGGGCAUGGUUCUGAUAAAGGGUAUUUCACAGUGGCCGAAUGGUCCUAAGAGUUUAUCCACCCCUCCUUACAUGGUGCCUGGAUCUUGGAGCUAUUUCUGAUUGACCCAAGUGUCUAGCCUUGCCCCAGUUCUGCUCUGUCAAUUUCAAGGCAGGGCAGUGACUUUCUGCUCUGGGCUGUGAGGGGGCCUCCGUCUGUACCCAGAGAUGCUCUGCCUGAGUUGCCAGGGCCCAGAACAAAUACACAGCUUGCCCUAUGUGACCGUAGGCAUGGGUUCCUAUUGCACUGUUUGUGGGUGGGACAUCCAGACACCACUGUCCAUGAUACUGACAGACACAGAAACUUUCCCCAAAAGUAUACAAUUAAAGUGAGGUUUAUUUUUGUCACAGCUACCUUUGAAGUGGUGGUUGCUCUUGAAAAAUCAUGUGUGACUUAUGCCUGCCAUGGAUCAUGGGCCUCAGCAUGUUUUGAAUACUAGUGCUUUAACUUUAUCGGGAUGUAUGAUGCCUAUUUAUUUCAUUCUAAGACAAUCUUGUGUCCCUAAGAUUGUCAACCGAAAACCCUGUAGCUACUAUAUCUGCUUUACACAGGCACCAGCCUGGCAGUUUUUAACUGGGCAGAAGUUUAAUAAAGUUAUAGCUGUUUACAGAACCCAAA